GGCAAAUUCGUGACGUCAUUUUCCCUGAUCGCCAUAUUGCAGUACAGUGAAACAAAAACAAAGAGCAAACACCACGGAAACCACCCAUUUUUUGUCGUUUUGAAUUGAAACUGUACCCUACUGGACGGAAUUUGAAGAGAAGGAAUGGCUCAGAGUCCCUUAGGUGGGGCAGUGAAAGCCUUACAGCUGGAACUAAAGAAAAUUAAAGAAGAACCUGUGGAAGGAUUUCGUGUGAAUCUGAUCGAGGAUGAGAAUUUGUUCGAGUGGGAAGUGGCUAUCUUUGGACCUCCAGGGACCUUAUAUGAAGGAGGUUACUUCAAGGCCCACAUGAAGUUCCCAUCAGAUUAUCCAUACAACCCUCCAAGUGUUAAGUUCAUGUCAAAGAUGUGGCAUCCAAAUGUAUAUGAGAAUGGAGAUGUUUGCAUAUCAAUACUACACCCUCCAGUAGACGACCCUCAAAGUGGAGAACUUCCCUCAGAACGGUGGAAUCCCACACAGAAUGUCAGAACGGUGUUGCUAAGUAUAAUUUCCUUGUUAAAUGAGCCCAACACAUUUUCUCCAGCCAAUGUUGAUGCGUCCGUUAUGUACAGAAAAUGGAAAGAUUCUAAAGGAAAGGACAAGGAGUACGAAAAUAUAAUCAGGAAACAAGUGGAAGGGACAAAGGAGGAGGCAAUCAAAGAUGACGUGAAAGUUCCAACUACCUUACAGGAGUACUGUGUUACAUUUAAACCCAAACCUCCAGAUACAGGAAUGGAUUGUGUUGAUUUCUAUGACGACGAUGACUAUGCUGAUGAUAUGGACGAUGAGGAUGAUGAGGAUGAGGACAAUUGUUAUGCAGAAGAUCAAUAUGAUUCCGGAAACGGUUGAGAGUUCUGAUACAUAUGGUUAUUUAAAAAAGGAUUAAAAAAAAAUGUAUAAAUGCGAGGGAAAAAUUGAAGAGUGGGGAAUGUUAGACUUGGUCACUGCCUAUAUGUUCACAUCAGGUACUUACCAUGACUAAGGACGCUUGAUACACUCCUUAGUGUACAUUAUUUGCAUUCUACAACGACAAGAUUUAAUUUGUCCCUUUUCACUUAUAUGAAAUUGAUUCAAGCCCCUUCUUUUUGAAAUUAUUAUACCAGUUACUAAUAUUAAUAACUGCUUUAUUUAAGAAUACACUAGGACAGCAUAUGUUAUAAAAAUCACUAUUGUCAGAGUUUCGCAUUGAAUUACUGUCGAAGGGGGAGUGGGCAUUUGGUCUCAAUGAUAAUUUCUCUCAUUUUGUCAAAUAAUUGAAAGAAGUGUUCUGGGGUCUUUUUGCUAAGAAAUUUGACUUGAGUAGCAGUGUUACUUAAACAACGGCUCACUUUUCAGAAAGGGUCAAUUACCUUGUGCUAGGGACAAAACCAUAUUGUAGAAUUCUGGUCUUAAGCACUUUGAAAUUAUUUAAAUCCAAACAGAUCAUGUGUAUUUACAUAAAGAUCAAUGAUGAUGUAUGAAAACGAGGCAUGAUCAUGUACUUUCAAAAUUCUGUGCUUCUCAUUCCUGAUUCUAUGUUGGAGAACAACAACAUGAAACACUAUGGUUAGUUUCUUAACUGGUGUGAAGUUUCACGAGUAUUGUGCUUGUACAGAUUUUGCAAUAUUAUAAAGCCAGAAGGCUUUACAGGUGUAAGUUUUACUGGUAGUCACUUUAUCAAUUAAAGCCACAUAAACUGAAUGUUCACUCAUAGUGACACUUUCUUGCUAUACAGAAUACAUGUAUCAAAAGAAUGCAUGUUAAAUCGGUCAUUUAUUUCUAUGAUUGAGGAAACUAGUCCCUAACGUUUAUAGUUUUAAACAAAUAUCCUCUAAUUGAAAUAAAAGAAAUGUUUUUUUCGUAUCCUACUGUAUAUUAAAUUUUAACCCCCUGAAAUCUGAUUUAUUGAAAAUGUAAAUAAAAAGUUUAAAUGAUGUUUUAGUUCAAAUGCUUUGAAUCGGAUAGAACUUGGAUAUAUAUUUCAAAAUGAAUAACACAUAAUAAGAAAUUUGAUGGAGCAUAGUAAAAAAUGAAACAGAUUUUUUCCUAGGUAAAUUACAUCCAGCCUAUUCCACAUAUACUAUAUAUAGACCAGUGUCUGUCGUGGAGUAGAUAUGUUCCCGGUUAUCUAUAAAUGAAGAUCUUGUCUGAAAUUUCUCGUGUGUGUGUGUAAGAUAUGUUGACAUAUUCCCAUUGAUCAAGUGUUCCAGGUGCUGUAGAGCAUUCUAUGUGAUACAUGCAGUUUGCUAAAACAUUCAAAACAUUAAGAUGUUAUGAAACAUUAUGAUGUUAAAAGAAAAUGAUGUUACAGGUUUGUUUGAUAAAUAUAAAUAGUUUGAAGUCAUGUUGCAUCUUUUAAAAGAAUUUGUUCGGGUGUUAUCUGCUCUCAGGUGUGCAUGUUUCAUAAUAUCAGUGUGUAGUUUGAUAUUGUCCACGAGAAGGGUGCGAUGCGUCUGCAACCUCCAGAUUUGGAAAUGUUUGAGCAUGUUAGAAUUUUUGUAUCCAAAGCAGUUCGGUACGUUGACUAAGCUUAAACAGUUUAAUGAUUUCCUGGCUAUACCUUUUAGGCAUUGGUUUAGCCCACUGGUGUCUUUCUAGUGUGGAAACUUGACAUGUAAAUGCCUCAAUUCAGUUCAAUUAACUUGUGGUUUCGAUUAAAUUUGCCUCGCCAUAAACAGUUACCAAUUGGUGGCUGUUCCCAGGUAUCCUUGAAUUAUGUCCACAAAAUUAACCUAACCUGUCUUCAUCUCACUGGUAAAUUUGCAACUUUAUAUAUUAUCUCAGAUGUCUCUCUUGAAAUGUGGAAAAAUAUUAUUGUAAAUAUGUGCAAAACAUUAUCAAAAUGUGUGUAUGUCAUAUUCAGGUAAAUAUAUGUGUUGGGUAUGAAUGCUUGUUGGUGACUUGAGUCCACGAGACUGCAGAGAGCAAGAGCGUGUAAGAAUGUGAUGUCUUCUGGCACACCAGAAUUCCAUUCUCUGAUGGUCUUCACGAAAAGUGACGGAACAAAGUGUGAAAAUCUGGUGUGGAAGAAUGGCCGAUAGAAAUAGGAAAAUUAAUUUAUCACGUUUGAUCACUCACAUAAUUGUACAAGUCACAUUUAAUGCCUGCAUGUGGAUGUGUAGAGGAAAGUAGAUGGAGUGUUGUGUGUCAAGACACUUGGUGUGUGCAUGUAUGUGUCCAUCUGAAUGGCUUCCAUUUCCUUGGUUUGUAAGUAAACUACUACUACAGGUAGUAUCAUCAGUUAGUUUCCCAAUUUACACAAUGAGUUUAUUAUUUAUGCUCUCUUAACUCAUUCACCCCUGAAGACACAUUUGAAAUCUUCCAUUUCAAAGGUUGGAAUAGUUCAUUAUGAGAGUUCAGGGGUGAAUGACCUAUAACUUGCUAUAAGGCUAUAUGAAAUGUUACUUUCAAGUUUUGAAUUUUUUGUUUUUCCAAGAAGGAUUUUGACAAACGUGGCUUAUCACUAUAAAGAAAUUGUUUGUGGAAAUUGUUUUUUAUUUUAAAAUCUCAUACAAGUUGCAAAUAAUAAUCUUUAUACUUGAGGUAGAAAGCUUGUUGACCUGUUGCCAAAAAAUUAUAAAAGGGCCACAGCCAGGACAUCAAAUCUCAGUUCUGUGCAAUAACUGACUCAACUGGCGUAAUUGUCUUCAAUACACAAAGAGGUAUGGGCUUUCGAGAUUGCAAAUACGGUCCAAGUUGGUAAGAACGUCUUCUAACAGCAAUCUAUUGAUAUAAAUCUAUUAAAACCAUAUGCUUUGGUUUGUUUCCAGUUUGGCAUUUUAGACAUGAAAAGGGAAAUUUGAUACUGAGAUAAACAAAAUUUAACUAAGUGAUUCAGGCCUUUUUUUGCCUCUUUUAUGAUUACAUGCAUACAAGCCGCUGCUGGUGGUAGUAUGUCACAAAUUCAGUAAUUUUCCUUUUGUCCAUUUUUACCAAUCAACUGACAAAACAUUCAAAUAAUCAUUAAAUAACAAUUCUUAGUACAUGUAUUUGCAUUAGAUUUCUUUUUGUUAUGAUGUUUGAAUUUUUAAAACUUAAUUUUUAAUGGUCUUAAUUUUGGAAAUGUGUCUCUAAAAGUAACAGCAUGGAAUGUUGAAAAUUGUUGAUCUCAUAAAUAAUGAAGUAUUUUAUAUAUGUGGUCUGUUAAAUUUGUGAUGAUGUGUCUUUAAUAAUGCAAUAUGAGAGAUAUUGUAAUUAUAUCAAUUAUAUAUGAAGAAAAAGAAAGUUCUUUCGAGACAUUUCGGUAAAUUUAAAUUGCACAUCGAGAAACGACUAAUGUUUAACAAAAGUGUGAGGAUUGUUUCUGUUAUGAUAAGGACCUAUAUUGAUGGUUUGUUUUGGGUAAUGGAUGUUAGUUGAACAAUUUUAGAGUUUUCUCUUCAGACUUUUAAAGCAUUUUGGUAUUGUGCUGAAACGUGUAUUGCAAAAUUGAGAUGAAAAUUAAAACAGCUGCAGCUAAUUUAAUUUCACUUGGAAUAUUAAUGAGAAAGAUUUGAUAACAUCGUGUCAAAUAUAGAAAUAUAGUACAAUGCUGCUGAUAAAGUCUGUUGAGAACACUGAUGUGUUUUCAGGGUUUUCUUCUUAUGCUUUUUUCCAAACUUUCAACUACAGGAAUAGGUUCAUUUACUGUUUCUUUGACAUGUUAAUUUUUGAUAAUUUAUAAAAAUAUUCGUUGCACUGUCCUGUAGAUGUUUAAUGGGUUGUACUCUCUAAUGUGAAAAUGGGAGGGUUUUCAAGGACUGAAUGGUGUGUUAAGUGUAAGACUUGUUGGUAUAUUUGUUGUUAUUUUGCAGGUGAAAACCAAUUACAUGUAUUUUAAGUGUACUUGUAAUAAUUGCUUAAAUAAAAUCUAAGCUGUAUGAUU